CGCGCCCGCCUUUGUGCCGCCCCCCCCCCCUCAGCCGGAGCAUCUGCCCGGGGAGAGCCCUGGGCCUCCCCUCCCUCUCCUCCCCCCGCGGCUUUUCCGGGGAGGGGGAAGCGGAGCAGGGGGAGGUUUCCAGCGCCGGCGGUCCUUUGUCAUUCCAGGCACACGCGCGCCCGCCCGCCCGCCUCCCUUCCUCCUCCUCCUCCUCCUCCUCCUGCUGGCCUGGGCGCGGCGGCGGCGGCGCUGCAAUCCAGCCCCCGGGCGAGGGGCGGCCUCGGGUGGCCGGCAUCGCCGCCGCAGGCCCUGCUCGGAUCUCUCUCUCCCUCUCUCUCCGCCCUCGCCCCGGGCGCACGUAGCCGGCGGACCGGCCAUGGGCAUCUGGGCACCGGCGCCUCAGUAGCCGCCGGAGAAGGAGGAGGGAGCGGCCCCGCUGCGCGUCCUGCUCCGGCCAGGCGCCUCCGGCCAUGGAGGUGGGGAAGAUGACCGUCAGCAUCAACAAGGCCAUUAACGCUCAGGAAGUCGCCGUCAAGGAGAAACACGCCAGAAAUAUCCUCUCAAAUUAACAGCCCUGAAAGGAGGAGGCGGAGCCUGCUUCUCACCAUGCAUCUUGGGGACGCACCACGAGAAAGGAGCCCACACCUUCUGGUCUGUCGUGAACCGCUUGCCUCUCUCCAGCAACGCUGUCCUCUGUUGGAAAUUCUGCCACGUCUUCCACAAGCUCCUCCGUGAUGGACACCCAAACGUCUUGAAGGAUUCUGUGAGGUACAAGAGUGAACUCGGCGACAUAUGAGUCGAUAAGUGGGGCCACCUGAGUGAGGGCUACGGGCAGCUGUGCAGCAUCUACCUCAAACUGCUGAGAACCAAGAUGGAAUUCCACACAAAAAAUCCCAGGUUCCCUGGAAAUCUCCAGAUGUCAGACAGGCAACUUGACGAGACGGGCGAGAACGACGUUAAUAAUUUUUUCCAGCUCACUGUGGAGAUGUUUGAUUACCUGGAGUGUGAACUGAACCUAUUCCAGACAGUGUUCAGUUCCUUGGACAUGUCUCGCUCCGUGUCAGUCACCGCUGCUGGGCAGUGCCGGUUGGCUCCCCUGAUCCAGGUCAUUCUGGACUGCAGCCACCUCUACGACUACACCGUCAAACUUCUCUUCAAGCUCCAUUCCUGUCUCCCAGCUGAUACACUCCAAGGUCACAGGGACCGUUUCCUGGAGCAGUUCAAGAAGCUGAAGGAUCUGUUCUAUCGCUCCAGCAACCUGCAGUAUUUCAAGCGACUGAUUCAGAUCCCUCAGCUGCCCGAGAAUCCCCCUAACUUCCUGCGAGCCUCUGCACUCUCCGAGCACAUCAGCCCCGUUGUCGUCAUCCCGGUGGAAGCAUCGUCCCCCGACAGCGAGCCAAUCAUGGACCUCGUAGACAUGGAAACAUCCUCGCAGCAGAGUCUCCCUGAAAACAAGUUUGACGACAUCUUUGGCAGUUCAUUCAGCAAUGAUCCGUUCAACUUCAACAGCCAGAAUGGGAUGAGUAAGGAUGACAAGGACCAGUUGAUUGAGCAGCUGCACAGAGAGAUCAGCAACCUCAAGGAGGAACUGAAAAACUUCAAGGCCGAGAGUCAUCGUCUUGUGGUGCAGCUGAAGGGGCGGAUCAGCGAGCUGGAGGCGGAGUUGGCAGAGCAACUGCACCUGAAGCAGCAAGCGCUGGACGAGAGCGACUUCCUGCGAACCGAACUGGACGAGCUGAAGAAGCGGCACGAAGACACUGAGAAAGCUCAGCGCAGCCUGACAGAGAUUGAGAGGAAAGCUCAAGCGACGGAGCAGCGUUACCUGAAGAUAAAGGAAAAAUAUAGCGAGCUGGUGCAGAACCAUGCGGACCUCUUGCGCAAGAAUGCUGAAGUCACGAAGCAGGUAACGGUGGCAAGACAGGUGCAAGGUGAUGCGGAACGAGAGAAGAAGGAGCUGGAGGACUCCUUUCAGCAGCUGAGCAAGCAGGCCCACCGGAAGACGCUGGAGCAGGCAGAAGUCUUGGAGACUUUGAAGAGGGAGCUCACGGCCAGCAAGCAGGAAAUUCAGAACCUCAGAAGUACUAUUGAAUGCGGUGCGCAGUCUGAAGCCGAGCAAAGCUCCCAGCUGGCCAGCCUGCAGCUUGAGAGAGAGAGCCUCGCCCAGACGGUGGCCCAGCAGGAUCAGCAAAAGGCAGCCUUGGAGGCUGAAGUGCAGCAGCUCAAGGCCACGCUGGAGAGGGAGAAGGAGAACAGCAGCAAGACGCUGGAAGAGCUGCAGUGCCAUCUGCGGGAAAGGGAGGACAGUGCACAAGACCUCCAGCAGCAGCUCCUGGACAAGCAGUUUGCUCUCCUACAGUGUGCCUUGGCGGAGGCCGAGCAGAUGGUCCAGGAUGCCUUGAAUCGACUCGAUGAUCCUGUUCACAUCAGCUGCACAAGCUCGGCAGAUUACCUUCUGUCCAGGACGGCGGCUGCGUUGAAGUGCACCGAGCAGCUCGAGGAGGCGUGCCGCCAGUAUCUUGCGGACCGGUCAGAUGUGAGCCCCCUCUUGUCAAGUGUGGCUCUCUUUGCCCACCUGACUGGAGACACCAUCCUGCAAGCCAGCGCCACGUCACACAUGGCCCCUAUGGAGCCUGCUGAUCUGCUGCUGGAAGCCUGUAGACAGUGUGGGAGUGAGACCCUGCACUAUCUAGGGACCCUGAAGGACGCAGCCUUGCUAGAAGGUGCCGACUGUACAGCUGUCAGGACCUGCCUCAGUCAGAUUGCCACAAUUGGGGAGGAGCUGCGCCCCAAAGGCCUGGAUGUCAAGCAGGACGAACUGGGCGACCUGGUGGACAAGGAGAUGGCAGCCACAGCAGCGGCCAUUGAGACAGCAGCGGCCAGGAUUGAGGAGAUGCUGAGCAAAUCGCGGGCCGGGGAUACUGGAGUCAAACUUGAAGUCAAUGAGAGGAUUCUAGGCUCCUGCACAGGCUUAAUGCAGGCAAUCCAAGUUCUGGUUCUGGCUUCCAAGGAUCUCCAGCGAGAGAUUGUGGAGAGCGGAAGGGGAGCAGCAUCACCCAAGGAGUUCUAUGCCAGGAAUUCCCGGUGGACAGAGGGGCUGAUCUCUGCUUCCAAGGCCGUAGGAUGGGGAGCGACAGUCAUGGUAGAUGCUGCCGAUCUUGUGGUUCAAGGCAAAGGGAAGUUUGAGGAGCUGAUGGUUUGCUCCCAUGAAAUCGCAGCAAGUACGGCUCAACUUGUUGCUGCUUCAAAGGUGAAAGCAGAUAAGGACAGUUCAAACCUCAGCAAACUUCAGGUGGCUUCUCGGGCAGUCAACCAAGCGACGGCAGAAGUGGUGGCCUCCACCAAGUCAGGAAAGUCCCAGAUUGAGGAGAAAGCAGACAGUAUGGACUUCUCUGCCGUGACGCUAACACAAAUCAAGCGCCAGGAAAUGGACUCCCAGGUGCGAGUGUUGGAACUGGAGAGUCAACUGCAGAAGGAACGCCAGCGUCUGGGUGAGCUGCGCAAGAAGCACUAUGAGCUGGCAGGUGUGGCUGAGGGCUGGGAUGAGAAUGGUGCAGAUUUGGCUCCCUGAGGCAGCCCGGAAAGAGGCCUCUUCUGUUGACGCGGCUCCUUCCGAACAUGAACGAUGAACUAGUUUGGAACUUACCGUAAAGCCUGUGCCCACCAAGACAUUCCUCUCUCUCGCUGGUCAGGCUAAGGUGCCCUGGCACAUGUCUUGUGCCAGCCAAGCAGGUAGCAGUGAAGGCUGGAGAAGAGGAAAGGUCUUUCUCUCCUAAGCAGCAUCAAUAGCAUUGUCCCUCCACAGCCACAAGAUACCAUCUCCGCAUUCAUAUGUAUUACAGCUUUGCAGCAUCUUUGCAGAGUUGCAUUCUCCCCACCUCCCCACACAUACACUCACCCAUUUCCUCCUUAUUCGCACAGCCUCUGAGCUGUCGGUUGGCCUUGGCUCUUGACCAUACCAGGGACCGUGGUGGUCUUAUUCAGCACACUGCUGCUCCUUCGCCCGUCUCUUCUUGGGAUGAGAGCCAAGAUGUUGGCAGGAGAUUCCAAAACCGUCGUUUGAGACAGGGGGAGCAGAGGUGUGCAGCCACCCUUUUCCAGCCAGCAAGAUGCUUGGGGCAAAGAUGCAAGGGCUGUGGAAGGACCUUUAGGGUUAACCGUAACUGUUCAACAACGAAGGGGCCAGUCUGUGAGAUACUCGGUCUUUGGUGCAGAAGGCUUAUUGAGGUCUGUGCUAUCCCGAGAGCUCCAGUCAUUCUAGUUGACCUCUGAAAAACCCUCCCAAAGGGGUUUUCACAGGCUGGCAGGAUCGUUCCGUUUCUCACUAGCCCGGUGCCUGCUCCAGCCUUGUUCCAGCUGAACAGAUCCUUUUCUGCUGGCUGAAAGUAGUUCACUGUGUGUUAUGCCAGCCAUGAACAGCUGAGAAUCCAGAAGCUGGAAAAGCUGAUGGGCUGGAGAGGGGAGGAUGGUGAUAGGGCUGCAUUUGUGUUUCAGAUUGUAAGGGGCUCCUUCCAGCUGCUGGUUGCAGAUCACACCAGUUGCCUUUCUGCCACAUAGACUUCCUUGUCAAAGUGGGAGCUACUAGAGCCAGAUAGCCUGAGUGCAGCUGCUCCCUGGGCCAUUUUGGCCCAUCAGAGUCAGGGAGAAGGGGGCAAAGAAUCUAGGAUGGAGCCUGGAUUCCAACAGAGAUUUGGCUUCUCUUUCUCACUGCGACUAGCUGUUAGACGCUACCAGGCUGAGCUGCCUCUGGCGUCUUGUGAUCACUGUGACCCUCUUAAGGGAAAACAAAGGCGCAUGGCGUGAGUGACUGGUGGAGAAAGCAAAGGAUAGCAUUCUACCCAGAAGAGGGAGGAAUUGGUGUGCACUGGGAUGGGACAUGCCGUGUCCGUGCUCCCCAUAGAAAUCUGUGCUGGCGCUCUAAACAUAUGAAAUAAUUUGUCAGCCCAGCGGUUGCUGUGCAGAGAGGCCUUGGGAAAGUCUUGGCCACCAGCACUUGGCUGCACUUGCCAGCAUAAUGCAGACGUGGUGGAAGAAACCGAAUUGUCUGGCAGUAGACUCCUGUCAAAACUGCAACUUUUUUCCUUCCAGCAUUCUCAUGCUGGGAUAGCAUCAGGAGUAGCCAGAAAACAUCUGGGCAGUGAGACUGUGGUUGUUCCUGGCCUAGCUGAUUCCCCCAUCGCCCUGUUAGAAAACAAUCUGGUGCAAACCUUCUAAGGUCAGCCUCCAGGGUGUCUCCUAGUUUCACACCCCAGUUAGGGGUGACAUCAGCCAGUCGGGCUGACAUCAGCCUGAAGCUCCACAGCUUCUUUCAGCCUUGGAUACCACCACCUCAUAUCUGGUUUCUGCAAGCCCAGCGGCCUAUUUCAGUGAGGGAGGGGGAUGAAUACAGGUCUGAAAAACCAGCAGGGGUUGACUGAGUAAUGUGCCCUUAACCCCUUUCCUUCUGGCAAGCUACCCCUUAGCAAUGGUGGCCAACCUAUGGUUCGCCAGAUGUUCAUGGACUACAAUUCCCAUCAGCUCCAAUUGGCCAUGCUGCCAGGGGCUGGUGAGAAUUAAAAACAUAAGAAAGAGCCUGCUGGAUCAGACCAGA